CAAAAUGCAAGCAUGUUGUUUGUUAGUUUGGUGAAAGAGAGGAUAUACAUGUGCCAUCCGUGAGGCACGCCAAGCAGUGUCUCUUCAGUGCCCCGCGACUCGAGAUGGGCACCACUCGACUUGUCUAUUUAUUAGCUUCCCUCAUUGCGGUUGCCCACGCAGGAUAUCUCUACCCAAGAGAAUCGGAGUUCAGAGAAAUUAAAUCCUUGGACGGCUUUUGGGAUUUUUAUAUCCCGGCUAAAAAUGACACUCGGCAAGACGUUGAGGAUUUGCCAAAGCAAGGGCUCCCAUAUGGGGCUGCAAAAAUAAUCAAAAUGCCGGUGCCUGCCAGCUAUAAUGAUAUCACUGUGGAGGCCGAUUUAAGAGAUUACGUUGGCACCGCGUGGUACGAAAGGUCAUUUUUCGUACCGUUGGCUUGGCAAAAUCAGAGGGUUUACCUCCGCUUUGCAAGCGUACACUAUUUGGCAACAGUAUGGGUGAAUGGAGAUUUUGUAGUGGAGCACGAGGGCGGCCACCUGCCCUUUGAAGCCGACGUGAGCACGGCGGUUGUAUUCGGCCAAAGUAAUAGAGUCACCGUCGCCGUUGAUAAUGUGCUGACCAACGUGACGGUGCCUCAGGGACAAGUGGAACUCAUUUACAGCAGUGAGCCAGACCCGAAAGAAGUGCAGAAGUAUACUUUUGACUUUUUUAAUUAUGCGGGCAUCCAUCGGCCAGUGGUGCUCUACACCGUCCCUAACUCUCACAUCGCUGACAUCAAUACCACUUCGUCAAUUACUCCGCAGCAAAAUGGUUAUGACGCCGUAAUCACAUAUGCAGUGGAUAUUGACGGCAAUGAAGCCGGCGUCGGCUGCAGGAUAAAUUUGGUGGACGGCGACGGUGUCAUCAGAGUAUUCCAGCAGACUGGUUGCGAGGGCGUGCUUUUGGUGCCCAACGCAACCCUUUGGUGGCCGAUCUUUAUGCACCCAAGACCGGGAUAUCUUUACAGUUUUGAAGCCGAGCUAAUUAGCGCCGACGGGGAAGUUUUUGACAAAUAUAGACUUCCUAUUGGAAUACGAGCUGUUUCCAUGGACGGAAAUUCACUCCUAAUCAACGGAAAACCAAUCUACAUCCGUGGCGUUGGGAAACACGAGGACGCAGAUAUAAGAGGCAAAGGGCUGGAUUUCCCGAUCAUGGCACGAGACAUAGAGUUAAUGAAAUGGAUGGGGGUUAAUUGCUACCGGACCUCUCACUACCCCUAUUCGGAAGAGAGUAUGCAAAUGGCCGAUAAAGAAGGGUUCAUGGUCAUUGAUGAAGCACCUUCAGUAAAUACAGAGUUUUAUUCUGAUGAGUUGAAGUUCAAACAUGAAAGGGUGCUGGCUGAACUCAUUAGGCGCGAUAAGAAUUACGCCUCUACGAUAAUGUGGUCGAUGGCUAAUGAACCGAGGACACAGCAUAAUGAGUCCGAGCCUUACUUCAGAUAUUUGCGAGAUGCAGUUAGAGAAAUGGAUCCGACAAGACCUAUCACAAUUGUUAUUGCCCAGCCAUACACAACAGACGUAGCAGGCCACUUGUGUGAUGUACUUUGCUUCAACCGAUACAACGCGUGGUACAGCAAUGACGGGCGCCUUGAAACAAUCGCCACCUCCGUUAUUAGCGAGGCUAGAGCCUGGUUUGAAAAGAAUGGCAAGCCGGUUAUUAUGGCAGAAUACGGCGGAGACACAAUGGUUGGUCUUCACAGGCUUCCAUCUUUCAUCUGGUCGGAAGAGUUUCAGUCAGAUUUGUUGUCGGAGCAUUUCAAAGCGUUUGACUUGUUACGCAGUGAAGGUUUCUUCAUAGGAGAAAUGAUUUGGAACUUUGCUGAUUUUAUGACAAAUCAAGAUUAUACAAGAGUUGGUGGAAACAGAAAGGGAGUCUUUACACGAGAUAGGCAGCCUAAAGAGGGAGCAUUUGUUUUGCGGCAAAGAUAUUUGGAGUUGGCGCAUGAAUUGGAUCAGGCACCAAAACCAAAGAGGCGCUACAUCCGAGUUCCCAAGCACAUUAUCGACGAGCUUUAAAUUUUGAGGGAGACAUUUCAAAUAAUUGUUUAACAGGCAACUUGGAUUACUAUUAUGUUAAGGGUUAAGGAAAUGCGCAAGAUUAAAAUAUUAAAGCAAUUUGUUGGAAAAUUGACAUGCUAA